AUGAUGAAAGUUGUGCCCCCCAUCUAUAUGCCUGAACUUGGAUUUGAGGAUCUCAGUUUCUUUCAUCAAUACCCUAUGGAUUCUCUUCCAUCUCCAUUUGACAACUUUGACUUCAACUAUGACAACAACUAUGAAACUACACCAAACUGUUUACCACUUGAAACUCAACCUGAUAAUCACUACGUUGCUCAAACAAGACCAACCAAGAAGAUCAAAACAUCUAUAAACCCUUCUUCCUAUUCAUCACCUCAACUCAUUUCUUUUGAGCACUUCAAUGCAACGCCGGUUGCUUCUAAUGAACUUUACAACCUCGAUUAUUCUGAUGUAAAGCCUAAACUGGAGAAAGGGUGCAAUGAAAACAAAGAUUUUGCCGCAAAUUAUGAUAUCCGAGCGAAUCAGACGAGGAACACGGCUCAAGCAAAGGAACAUGUAAUGGCUGAAAGAAAACGAAGGGAAAAGCUCACCAGAAGUUUCAUAGCUCUUUCUGCUAUCCUUCCUGGCCUCAAGAAGAUGGAUAAGGCUUCUGUGUUGGGAGAUGCAAUAAUGUAUAUGAAAAAAUUACAAGCACGUUUGCAUACUCUAGAGGCACAAGUUGAAGACAACAAAAAAACUGGAUCUGCAAUUCAAGUGAAGAGAUCUGUUAUUUUCUCCACUGAUGAUCAUGAUGAUGACAGCAACUCCAACAACUCCAACAACCAGACACUUCCUGAAAUCGAAGUAAGAGUUUCAAGAAAAGAUGUACUCAUCAAAAUUCAAUGCGACAAACACAGUGGACGUGCCACUACCUCUACGGUACUCGGCAAAUUAGAAACCCUGAAUCUCACUGUCCAAAGUAGUAACUUAUUGCCCUUCGGAAACAACAUUGUUGAUCUAACUAUUGUUGCUCAGAUGAACGAGGAAAACUGUGUGACAGCAAAGGAUCUCCUAGGAAGCAUACGACAUGCAUUAAUCACCAAUAAAUAA